AUUAAACUGUUAGUAGACCAGGUACCUUCGUUACAGAUUCAGAAUGGUACCACUUAUAUUACUUUCAUUAGUUAGUUUAACAUGGGCUCUUCCUGAUGUUCUUUUGGGUCCUGAUCUGCUUCUCGAGACAAAUUUAGAACCUAAACAAGAUAUACCUGACAGUGACUAUCGUUUAUCUGAAACAACAGUGCCGUCCAAAUACGACCUACUUUUGAAUGUCCCAAGAGAAUGUUUUGAAGGAAAAAGUAAAACUUACAGUGGGAUCGUUAGCGUAAUCUUUUCUGUUUCUGAACCUAAAAACACAAUAUUGAUAAAUUCUUUAGUUAAUAUUUCAAGCAUUACAGCUACUGAGUACAAAAGUGGCCAGAGUGUAGAAGUUGGUGGAUUUUAUCCCAAUUCAACUACGCAAAUAGUGGAAAUACAAUUUGCAAAUAAUUUAAUUGUUGAUGUUGAUUAUGAAUUACAAAUAAAUUUUACUAGUCAAUUGAUAAAUCUGAUAGGAUUUUAUACGAACGAAUAUUUGGCUGACGGAGCUACUGAAUAUCUUGCUACGACACAAUUUGAACCAAACUAUGCUAGACUGGCAUUUCCUUGUUUUGAUGAACCCCAAUAUAAGGCAAUUUUCACUUUAACUCUUAUCCAUCCAUCUGACUUCCUUGCUGCUGCCAACACUCCUAUUGCUGAUGCACAAAAGAACGAUGAGACAAGUAUGACAACAACUGUUUUUGAAGAUACACCUAUAAUGUCCCCCUAUCUAUUAUCAUUUACCAUAUCAAAAUAUAACUGUUCGACCACCACCGACAGUGCCAUUGUUCAUGAAGUUUGUACAAGAAGAGAUUUUGCUUCCCAAAGAGAAUUAGCUUUAGAAUAUGGAGUAAAGUUCUUAAACGCCUUAGGAACAUGGACACAGCUCCCAUAUGAAACUUUGGGUAUUAGUAAAAUGGAUCAAUACAGUUUCCCGACUUUCGGUGCUGGAGCAAUGGAAAAUUGGGGAAUGGUGACCUAUCAAGAAUAUGCACUUCUAUAUAGUGCCCAAGACACCUCCAACCGUGACAAACAAGAGGUUCUCAUUACAAUCGCCCAUGAAUUUUCUCAUAUGUGGUUUGGAGAUUACGUAACAACAAAAUGGUGGAAUAGUGUGUUCUUAAACGAAGGUUUUGCUGCAUAUUUUCAAUAUUUUAUAUUUAAUCAGCUCCCAGAAUUGACAGAAUUUGAAAUGAACAAACAGUUUAUUAUUGAAGGUCAAGUAGGAGCUUUGCUAUCAGAUGCAGAUAAUUCCUCAUCAUCUUUAACUUCUGAACCACCGUCGCCCAUAGACAUAUGGAACAAAUUUGGCGCAAUAUCUUAUAAUAAAGGAGCCAGCAUUAUAAGAAUGGUCGAAAACACAGUAGGGUCAGAUAGAUUUAAAAGGAUUCUGCACAAUUAUUUGGUGCAACAGUAA